CAAAUGUUGACUGGUUGAUUAAAAAAAGAUAGAGUAGUGGAAUAUAACUUGUAUAAAGAUAGGGCUUUAAGACUGUAGAAAUCUGUAUGCAUAUAUAUCAAUCAUUCAUCUUCAUAAGAAGUGUAAAGAAAUUUAAUGACAUUCAUUUAAAUAAAACAGUUUGGAAGUGUAUUGUUUGUUCUUCAUUAGAAAAAACAAAGAUAUAUGAUUCAAGAAUAAAGUUUUCAUCAGUAGAUGAAAAAAAUUGAUUAAUUAAUAAACAGAAUAUGUUUCUACCACGUUCAGAAGGUCUUACACUAAAUGAAUUUCUAUCUUUACAUCCUUCUAAUAUUAGUACCAUACCAUUACAAUCAACAAUUUAUAAUCAUAAUAAUAAUAACACUUCAAUUGAACAAAAGUUUAAUAAUCAACAUUCAAGGAAUUUUUCUCCAUUCAUGAACCAUUCAACAAUAAAACAACCAAUGAAUAAAGAAGAAAUUAUCAAUCCAUCAAUUCUAGCACGAACGAAAUCAAAUUUAUCAAAUAGACAACAAUUAAAACGAUCCAAUACAAUUAGUGUAACUAAAAAUAUAAAUGAGAAAUUGAAUAGUAAUAUAUCAAUUAAUGAAUUAAUACAAUCAACUAGACAACAAAAGAAACAUUUACCUGUACAAUAUAAUCCAUUAAUAAAUACAUUAAAUGAUACUGUUAUGGAUAGUAAUGAUUUAAUUCAAAAAUUACAUCAUCAACGAUCAUUUCAACGAGCUCAAAGUGAACAUCCUAUCCGCGAUAAUAGUGAUAAUAAUAAUAAUAAUAAUAAUAAUAAUAAUGUUCCAAACAGUCAUAGUGUAAGUUUACCACCUCAUCCAUGGCAUAAUGAUAAUAAUACUUCGUCUACAUUUCGUUCGAUAUUUUCACAACGUGGAUAUAAUUUUGAGCGAUCAUUUUGGCAACAAAAUUUUACAUCUGAUCAAAAUGAAUUAAAAUCAUCAUUAGCAGUAACGUCACCAACGUUAACAACGAUAUCUUCAACAGAAACACCAACACAUUUUAAUAAGCCAUCUUCUGACCAAUACAUUUCUAAAGUGAUAUGGAGUGAGAAAUUUGUGGAGGAAUUUUUGAAGAAAUCUCUAUUAACGACUUCAGCAAAUAAUAUGGUGCAUGAUCAAAAUGAACCAGUCUGUUUAUCCAGCAGUUUUUCAGGUACAACUCUGGUUCAAUGGUUUUGCCGACAUAUCAUUAAAUCCGGAUGUCCUUGGAGUCAUGGCUUAAUUUCAGUUGUAUGCCAACUUUGCAACUGUCUUUUACAAUUGGGUGUUCUUAGACGUGAUCUGAAGUCAAAAAUGGUCAACUCUACAUUGACAGAUAAUAAAUCAUUUCGCAUACAUAACAUUAAUUCAUAUGGAAAUUCCUCGAACACUACUGCAGAGAUAUUUGAGCUUAAUAUGGAUUAUGUAUGGAUUGGUAAUAAUGUACAAGAAAAUACAACUGUUAUCAAUAGUUCAAUGAAUGCAAAUGAUAAUCAGCAACAAUUAUUACAAGAACAACAGCAACAGAUUGAUGAAUAUAAACAAUUUCAAAUGAAUAUUUAUAAUCAUAUAACAAAUCUUCAUAAAGAAUUUCAAUAUGAAUUAGAUCGAGUAACAAGAGAACAUGAAUUACAAUUAUUCAAGGUAAAAAAUCAAGGUGUUAUGAAAGUAUGCCAAUUAACUGAUAGAAUUGAAGCAUUAGAAAAUCAAGUUGAAAAAUAUCGUAUACUUGCCGGUAUAGAACAAUUAAAUAAAUCAACUACAAUAAAUAGAAAUCAUUCAUUACAUAAUUGUUAUUCUUCAAUACUUACUAAUAAAAAUCGAUUAUCUAAAGUGACAUUUAAUUUAUCUAAUGAAAAUGUAUUAAAUCAAUUAUCUAGAAGAACAAGAGCAUUUAGUGAAACAAUUGAUAUGAAUCAUUUCAAUGAUAAUAAUACAUAUAAUAAACCGGAUUAUAUCAAAUCAAGUAUUAGACAUAUUUUAAAUGAUAUAGAACAGUUAUUAUCACCAGCAUCUCAACAACAACAACAACAUCAUCGUCAAUUGGAUCAACAACAAGAACAUCAACAACAACGACCCCAACAUUCCAGAUCAAAUUCAAUGAAUCUGUACAAAUCUCAUGAAUUAUCUCUUUUAAAAAAUUCUAAACAAAAAUGUGAAUCUUUUAAUAUUCAAGAAAAAGAAAAUUCUUUUAAUAAUAAAAAUUGUACAGAUUUAAAUUCAUAUGAUAAUGAUACUAUUGACAAUCGUACUGAUAGGUUUAUAGAAGAUAAUGCAAAUAAGAUAAAUAAUUUAUUGAAAUUCAACGAUCAUAAUAUCCAUCAACAUGAGAAUUCAAUGAAUACAACAUCAACAAACAAUAAAAAUGACAGUGAAAUUCAUCGAAAAAUAAAUUUAAGAAAUUCCACAUCCAGAUUCUUAUCCGUACCACCAUAUUCGAAAUUUAAUCUAGAUCAAACUACUUCUAUGUUACAUAAUCAACCGGUUCUUGGAAUUUUAGCCAAAUAUGGUGCAAACAAUAAACACAAUACUUUUAAAACAUCUAUGAAGGAAGACCACUGUUGA